GCGGGCGGUCAUUUCCCCAAAGUGACUAAACUCUGUGUGUGUGGUUUGACACUGGUUUAACUGUGGUGACACUUGUCUCCUGUCAUCAUGGCCGUCACUCUGCUGCUGCUGCUGCUGCUGCUGCUGCUGCUGCUGCUGCUCACUGUGAGCGGCGUGGACAGCAGCCAGGAGGUCAGCGCUCGACCGGGUCAGAACGUCACUCUGUCCUGUCAGUACAACGUGGAAAGUAACGGUGUUCUGUCUGUCUGCUGGAAUCGAGGUCCGAUCCCGAGGUUUGGCUGCUCUGAACAGCUGAUCGCCACGGACAGAGAGCGGGUGAAGGAGGAGACCAGAGCGUCCGGCAGGUACCAGCUGCUGGGACACCUGGACGGAGGAGACGUGUCUCUGACCAUCGUGAAUGUGACGGCGGAGGACGCCGGACAGUACGGCUGCAGGGUGGACGUCCCCGGGUGGUUCAACGACCAGAAACACCACUUUGUUCUGAGCCUGGAAACAGUUCCACGGACCACCAGCGUGGCAGCAGUGAGCACGGAGACGUCCCCCUACUGGUCAACAGCCACAUGGACCCCAGGUCACAUGACCUCCGCCGUCUUCACUUCCUCAGUGAUCAGCGUCAAAGAGGAGGUCCGCCUCACCACCAGCAUCGUCGUGUCUGUGCUCUGUGUCGUCCUCGUUAUCGCUGCGUCCGUCCUCGUGGUCGUCUUUGCAGGAAAAUGGAGAAAGAACAAAGUUCCUCAGGUCCUUCACACCUCAGUCCGGUUCAGCUCCUCUCUGUCCACGCUGCAGCUUCACAGUCAGGAACCAGCGCCUGAGAAUGUUUAUCAGCUGGACGACGGAGGGGAGUACGACGGAGGGGAGUACGACUACUGCCCCUGACGUCCUGUCCCGUCCUGUCCCGUCCUGUCCCGUCCUGUCCUGCAGACGUGGGGACACAAAAAGUUCUGGAGAUGAAGUGGGAACCUGUCGCCUGCACCGUGUUUUUAGAGGAACAGGAAACAGUGACGAGGAACUGCUGAGCAGAAGAACUCUUUAAACCUACGUCAGUGCACUGUGAGCGCCCCCUGCCACAAAACUGGGCCAUGCACUGUGAAAAAAAAACCCUGGAGAAAAGUGUUGAUUUUAGCUGUGAAGACGCAGCAGCUGUUGAUCCACGUCUGUUGACUUCAAAUGUGUUAGGGUUAGGGUUAGUUGUAAAAAUCCUUUAUUUUGAUUCACAAAGUGACCACUGGAGGCAGCGGUGGACCAGCAGCGGCAGAUCAGUGAUGUUCUCAGUGGAGUACAGAAAGGGUUAAAUAAAAGGUCUUCAUGCGUC